AUGCUGUCCACUAUUAUGGCCCAGAGCCCUUGGCGCAUAUUCGCCGUUGGCGUCGUGAUUGUGCUAGUAUUUGCACGCGUCCGUCGACACUUGGAGAUUCGCGCCUUCAAGAAAGCCCACGGAUGCGAGCCUCCUAUCCGGGCUCCGCAAAAAGAGCGCAUCAUCGGCUGGUCUGCGUAUCAACAUCUGCAGAAAACCAGACGGGAGCAUGUCAGCUUGCAUCAGACAUUCCGUAGAGCCAUGGAGAUUGGUCGCACCAACACGGCUGUAGUAAUGGGCCAAGAGAUCAUUUCUACCUGCGAUCCUGAGAAUAUCAAGACGGUCCUGGCAACAAAUUUCAAAGACUAUGGCAUCGGUCCCCGAAUGCAUGCCAUGGGGCCUCUGCUGGGAAAGGGCAUCUUCACUACGGACGACGAGCAGUGGCAACAUUCAAGAGCAUUGAUUCGUCCUAGUUUCACACGUACCCAGGUUGCUGAUCUCAGCAGUCUUGAAAAUCACGUUCAGGCUCUCAUCUCAUGUGUCCCUGCCCAGGAUGGAGCGGUGGUUGACUUGCAGCCUUUGUUCUUCAACUUGACCAUCGACAGUGCCACAGACUUUCUACUUGGGCAAUCAGUGAGUUGCCAAGGAAGCGCUGUGGGCUCCCCCGCAUGGGAAUUCUCCGAAGCUUUCGAUCACGCCGAGCAGGUACUCCACAAGCGUGGUGAACUGGGUGCUUUGGCCUGGAUUAUCCGCGACGCCAAAUUUGAGCCGGCAUGUAAGGUUGUCCACGAUUUUACCGACAAAUACAUUCGUGAGGCACUGAAAGGCGACACUAAGGCAGGCCGUUACAAUCUGCUGGCAGAGCUGGCAGGUGCCUGUGAUGAUCCGAUCCAAAUCCGAAACGAACUUUUGAACGUUCUUCUUGCUGCCAGAGAUACCACCGCUGGCUUACUGAGCAGUGUAUUCUAUCUUCUGGCGCGCAAUCCUGACGCAUGGAACAAGCUGAGCCAAGAGGUGGGACAACUGGACGGCAAAGCCCCCGAUUACAAGUUCCUCAAGGAGAUGCCCUAUCUCAAAAGCGUCUUGAACGAGACCCUCCGUGUCCUCCCCCCGGUCCCAAUUAACAUGCGCUUCGCCCGCAAGGAUACCGUUCUUCCCCACGGUGGAGGUGCCGAUGGACUGUCUCCAAUGUUCGUCAGCAAGGGAAGCCGAGUAUUCUAUUCAAUCUGGGCUAUGCACCGACUCCCCGAGAUCUGGGGUGAUGAUGCCGAAUCGUUCCGCCCGGAGCGCUGGAUGGAUGAGAACGUCCCUCUGCGUCCUGGAUGGGGUUUCCUGCCCUUUAAUGGAGGACCUAGAUUGUGCCUUGGGCAGCAAAAUGCUCUGAUAGAGGCUAGUUACACGGUUGUUCGACUGCUGCAGGCCUUUGGUCGCAUGGAACCCAGGGAUCCUAUGCCUUGGCAGGAGAAGCUGGCUGUGACUAUGAGUAGCUUGAAUGGCACCAAGGUUGCUCUCUGGAAGAGGCAAUGA